UUUCGUCAAUUCCCAUUCCAAAUUUCCAAUCGUUCACUGUUGUGCCACCGAAAAUGGAGAUUGAGGAAUGCAAAACCCUGAAAAUUUUACAGCCCAACCCAAAAUCCUCCGUCUUCUACCUCUACCUCAAUCGUCCUUCACAACGCAAUGCUCUCUCCUCUGAUUUCUUUACCGAAUUACCCAAAGCUCUCCAUUAUCUCGAUCACAACCCCCAAGUCAACGUCAUCGUCCUUUCCGGUGCGGGCGGCCACUUUUGCUCCGGCAUCGACCUCAACUCGCUUAGUUCCACCUUCAAGGACCAUUCAUCCAGUGACCGCGGCCGCUCUGGGGAGAAACUCCGACGACACAUCCUGGGCUUGCAGGAUGCCAUCACCGCCAUCGAACGAUGCCGGAAACCCGUGAUUGCCAGCAUACAAGGCGCUUGCAUCGGCGGCGGAGUCGACAUUAUUACCGCCUGCGAUAUUAGGCUUUGCACCAAGGACGCCUUUUUUUCGGUGAAAGAGGUCGAUUUGGCCAUCACGUCCGAUCUUGGAACUUUGCAGAGGUUGCCGAGUAUAGUUGGGUACGGUAAUGCUAUCGAGCUGGCUUUGACAGCGAGGAGAUUUUCGGGUCUGGAAGCAAAGGAGCUUGGUCUAGUUUCUCGAGCUUUCGAUUCUAAGCAUGAAUUGGAUGAAGCUGUGUGGGAUGUCGCCGAGGUGACAAUCGCUGCAAAGUCUUCCCUUGCAGUCAUUGGGACAAAAGCUGUGUUACUCAAAAGUAGGGACUUAACCGUGGAGCAAGGGUUGGAUUAUGUUGCUACUAGAAACGCUGCAACUCUGCUAUCCAAUGAUUUGCAUGAAGCAGUGUUGGCACACAUCCAGAAACGGAAGCCAACUUUUGCCAAGCUUUGAAUGUGUCAAGUAUAGCAUACAUCUGGCAAGUAAUACACUUUAUGUUUAUGUUGCAAAUAGUGAUAAGUGUUCUACAUGUUUAAGUUCAAUGGUUGUACGCAUACUUUUGUAUCCAAGUUAAUGCAAGUAAUGACUAAUUGAGGAAGUAGUCAUUUUUAUCGCAAUGUUAAAAGGUCACCUACUGUGCCUAUGUAUACCUGUUGUACUUAGUGGUUGAAGACAGGAAAUAAGAACAUGAGCUCUCGGUUCUUCCUUCUUCCUGGUGACAACAGAAAAUAUGCAUCAGUACUGAGUGAACUUUAUUAACAGAUGCUUAUAGAAACUUGACAUUUGCUGCAUUGA